CAUCCACGCAACCUCGCCGUCGUCGACCAAAUCAGCAGCCUCGCGUGCCCACGACCAGGUCCAUGUCCAACGCAGCAGAAGCAGGCGCUCCAUUUCCUUCUCUAGCCAAGUAGCAGACGCAGCGCUCCCAUUCCUUCUCCCUCGGCAAGCACCACGCCGGUGCACCUGAUCCCAGAGCGCAGCCAUGUCCUCCCUGUACAAGCAGCUGGGCCUGGGCGCCGCCGGCUCGCCGCUCACGGCCUCCCACCUCCUCAUGCUCGUCCUCGGCGCCGGCUUCCUCGCCUUCACCGUCUUCGUCGUCCACCCCAACGACUUCCGCCUCCAGUCCUUCUUCUCCGGCGGCUGCCCCGGCUCCCCGCCCCACGACGCCGUCCUCUUGCCGGUCAAGCACGCCGACGCCACCACGCCGGCCAAGGCGCCGAUCGAGCACCCCGGCGUGCGCGUGCUGAUCGGCAUCCAGACGAUGCCGGGCAAGUACGAGCGGCGGCACCUGCUGCGGACCGUCUACGCGCUGCAGCUGCAGGAGCACCCCGCCCUCGCCGGCGCCGUGGACGUGCGCUUCGUCUUCUGCAACGUCACCUCCGCCGUCGACGCCGUGCUGGUGGCCCUGGAGAUCAUGCGCUACGGCGACAUCAUCGUGCUGAACUGCGCCGAGAACAUGGACGGCGGCAAGACGUACGACUUCUUCGCCACCGCCGCGCGCGCCUUCCCCGACGGCGCCUACGACUACGUGAUUAAGGCUGACGACGACACGUACCUGCGGCUCCCGGCGCUGGCGGCGUGGAUGGCCGGCGCGGCGCGGGAGGACGCGUACCUGGGCCUGCAGAUGCCCUGCGACCGCGAGAACUUCUACCCGUUCCCGCCCUUCAUGUCCGGCAUGGGGUACGCGCUGUCGUGGGACCUGGUGCGCUGGGUGGCGCGGUCGGAGGUCAGCCGCCGCGACCGCGUCGGGCCGGAGGACAUGUGGACGGGGCGGUGGCUCAACGUCGCCGGCAAGGCCAAGAACCGGUACGACGGCGCCCCCAGGAUGUACAACUACCUGGGGAGCUCCCCGGCCAACUGCUUCCGGCGCGGCUUCCGCCCGGACACCAUCGCCGUGCACAUGCUCAAGGACGCCGGCCGGUGGGCGGAGACGCUCGCCUACUUCAACGCCACCGCCGCGCUGCCGCCGUCCGGCCUCUACCACCUGCCUUGAAACGGUCCUCCUUUUGCUUCUUGGCUCGACCCGGUCGGCAGUGUGCGUUGAAUUUGUGCGGGUGGUUGUGGUUGUUGGAUAAGAAGAGGAUAAUUUGACACGUCCAUUUGUACGUCAUACAUUGAUACAUACAUUCAUGGUUUC